UCAGUCACCUUCCCAAACCCUAGUCCCACUUUUCCCCCAUUUUCUCUCUCCUCUUUCUCUCUCCUCCUCUCCAAUGGCGUCGCGAAGGCUCAUACACUCUUUCGCUCGCAACCUCCGCCGAUCCUCCCGCCCUUCUCUCUCCUCCCCCAAACCCUCCGCCGCUCACCGCGCUUCCGCCCGCGGCUACCUCCUCAACCGCGUCGCCGAUUACGCCUCAUCCUCCGCUGCUGCUGCGCAGCCCUCGACCCCUGCUAAAUCCGGUGGCGCCGGCGCCGGUAAGAUCACCGAUGAGUUUACCGGUAAAGGGUCUAUUGGAAAGGUAUGUCAGGUGAUCGGUGCUGUUGUUGAUGUUAGGUUUGAGGAGGGUUUGCCCCCGAUCUUGACCGCUCUUGAGGUUCAAGAUAAUCAGACUCGAUUGGUGCUUGAGGUUGCUCAGCAUUUGGGUGAGAGUAUGGUUAGGACUAUUGCUAUGGAUGGUACUGAAGGUCUUGUUCGUGGUCAACCCGUUUUGAAUACUGGAUCUCCCAUUACUAUUCCUGUUGGAAGAGCUACCCUUGGUCGUAUUAUGAAUGUUAUUGGAGAACCAAUUGAUCAUAGGGGCGAGCUGACAACCGAUCACUAUCUCCCCAUUCACAGAGAAGCACCUGCCUUUGUUGAACAAGCAACUGAGCAGCAGAUUCUUGUUACUGGAAUUAAGGUCGUUGAUCUUCUAGCUCCAUACCAAAGGGGAGGAAAGAUUGGGCUGUUCGGAGGUGCUGGUGUCGGGAAAACUGUGCUUAUUAUGGAACUUAUCAAUAAUGUUGCCAAAGCUCAUGGUGGUUUCUCCGUGUUUGCCGGAGUUGGUGAGCGUACUCGUGAGGGUAACGACUUGUACAGAGAAAUGAUUGAGAGUGGUGUCAUUAAGCUAGGUGAAAAGCAGGCUGACAGUAAAUGUGCCCUUGUCUACGGUCAAAUGAAUGAGCCCCCAGGUGCUCGUGCCCGUGUUGGUCUUACUGGACUAACUGUUGCAGAGCAUUUCCGUGAUGCUGAGGGACAAGAUGUGCUACUCUUUAUUGACAACAUUUUCCGUUUCACCCAAGCUAACUCAGAGGUGUCUGCUUUACUUGGACGUAUUCCCUCUGCUGUCGGUUACCAACCUACUUUGGCUACCGAUCUUGGAGGUCUUCAGGAGCGUAUUACAACUACCAAGAAGGGUUCUAUUACUUCUGUCCAGGCUAUCUACGUGCCUGCUGAUGAUUUGACAGAUCCUGCUCCUGCUACAACUUUUGCUCACUUGGAUGCCACAACUGUGUUGUCCCGACAGAUCUCUGAGCUUGGUAUCUACCCUGCUGUGGACCCUCUUGAUUCUACAUCUCGUAUGCUUUCACCUCACAUCUUGGGAGAAGAGCAUUACAACACUGCUCGUGGUGUACAGAAGGUUCUCCAGAACUACAAGAAUCUUCAGGAUAUCAUUGCCAUUUUGGGUAUGGAUGAGCUAAGUGAAGAUGACAAAUUGACUGUCGCUCGUGCCCGUAAGAUCCAGAGAUUCUUGAGUCAGCCCUUCCAUGUUGCUGAAGUUUUCACGGGUGCACCCGGAAAGUACGUUGAGUUGAAGGAGAGCAUCCAGAGUUUCCAGGGUGUCUUGGAUGGUAAAUAUGAUGACCUUUCUGAGCAAUCUUUCUACAUGGUUGGAGGAAUCGAGGAGGUCAUUGCCAAGGCUGAGAAGAUUGCCAAGGAAUCUGCAGCUUAAGGAAAUCUGAGAUAAUUUGUUUUUUGACUUUUUUUUUUUCCUUUGGCUCUUUGCCUUGAUAAUUGCGAAAAUAAUUUUUAGUUGACAUUGGCUUUACCAGCUCCCGGAGUUGAGAAGGAUUUUUUUGGGAAGCCAAACAUAUGAACAAGGGUUUUUCCAUUUUGUCUUAUUUAUCUUUGUUGCACAAGUGUGAUGAUGACGCUCCAUUUUAACGGAGCAGAGAGGGUUAGCCUGCUAGUACAAUCCCAACCCCCCCUCAGCUCCCUGUCAUUGAAUAACGGGAGCAGGAGACAACAUAUGGACACAAUGUAUAUUUUUGUUCUUUUUGUCAAGUCCAGAUUUUAAAUGGUCUAAUUACAUUUUCAUAUA